AGGUUACGCAUGCGCAGACGGCUGCGUGGCUCAUGUGGAGGUCAGAGCUGUGAGGAGGCCCCGUAUUAAAGAAAAUGGCAGCAAAGUUGUUUGAAUCAAUUGGAAAGCUUGGUCUGGGACUGGCCAUUGCUGGAGGAGUUGUCAACUCUGCCUUAUAUAAUGUGGACGCAGGUCACCGUGCUGUCAUUUUUGACAGAUUCCGAGGUGUUCAGGAUCUGGUAGUAGAUGAAGGUACACACUUCCUUAUCCCUUGGGUCCAGAAACCAAUAAUAUUCGACUGCCGCUCACGUCCUCGCAAUGUCCCUGUAAUAACAGGAAGCAAAGAUCUGCAGAAUGUGAACAUUACCCUGCGUAUCCUUUUCCGGCCCAUCACCAAUCAGUUGCCACGGAUCUUCACCAGCAUUGGCGAGGACUAUGACGAGAGAGUUUUACCGUCCAUUACUACUGAGGUCCUGAAGUCAGUGGUGGCACGGUUUGAUGCAGGAGAACUGAUUACCCAGAGAGAGUUGGUUUCCAGGCAGGUCAGUGAGGAUCUGACGGAGAGAGCGGGCACAUUUGGACUCAUCUUGGAUGACGUGUCCCUGACUCACUUGACAUUUGGUAAAGAGUUCACAGAAGCUGUAGAAGCCAAACAAGUGUCCCAGCAGGAGGCGGAGAGAGCCCGGUUUAUUGUGGAGAAGGCAGAGCAACAGAAAAAGGCUGCCAUCAUAUCUGCCGAAGGAGACUCUAAAGCGGCUGAGCUGAUUGCAACCUCGUUGGCAGAAGUCGGGGAUGGUUUAAUCGAGCUGCGCAAACUGGAAGCGGCUGAAGACAUUGCGUACCAGUUAUCACGAUCCCGUAACGUGACAUACUUGCCCCCAGGACAGUCCACUCUACUACAACUGCCACAAUAGUCUGAACCUGCAUCAACCCUAUACCCAUCUGUGUUUCAGUGUCCCCAGUAAGGAAUUUAGUCAUUUUAAGUUCUGAAGUUCAAGAAACAGCAGACUGUGCUAAAGUCAGCAGUGUAGAUGAGGCAAGCGACCACAUAAAGAAGUGUGUACGUGGGAUAAUAUACAGGGAAUGCACAGACGUUGUGCAAUCCCUGGCUUUUUUUGUUCUCUAUAUAGUGAUACAUUUGUUAUCGGGUCACUUGACUUUUCUAUUGUGUCAAACUGAAGUAUAGCCAUUCUGUGCCUCUCUUCCAAUAUUUGCCAGAAGUUUGAGAUCUUAACUGGCCAUUAAUUCCAGGCAUUUGCUCUUCUAUAUGGGACUGCUCACCCUCAGCUCUUAGAAUUCCAAUGAAUAAGGCUUUUCAUUAAUAAAAUAAAAACAUCUGCCAGUAA